AUGGUCAAGUACUUCAGGCUAUGCGGUAGACUGUCCGCUAGCAUGCCUCUCGCUCACGUCGUACACCUGGCAAAGUAUCCCAAAAGGCCGGUUCCGAGACUCAGAGGCCUUGAAAAAUUCGCGUGCAUCGGUGGGGCGUGGGCAACGAACUGUUAUCCUGGUGCUCGAUGUGAUAGCCCUGCUCCAUUUUAUCAAUUUUUGGACGCGUCGCUCUCGGAUGGUUGGAAGUGGUCGCAGCGAUUUCCCCACCGGAACGAAAUCUUGGCUUACUUCGCUUACGUUGAUUCUAAGGUGAACAUAAGCCAAGAAUAUGAUUUUGAGGUCAGUGUCACCAAAGCUGAGUUCGAUGAGAAUGAAUCAAUAUGGAAUAUAGAUGUCAGCGAUGGGAGAACUUUAUCGGCACGAUGGCUCGUACCAGCGGUCGGCUUUGCCUCUCAUAUCUCAAUUCCUGAUAUUCAAGGACUGGGAAAAUUUCAAGGCGCAGUCAUUCAUACCGGGGCUUGGCCAAGCUCUGGGUAUAACCUCAAGGAUAAGAAAGUUGCUGUCAUCGGAACAGGAACUUCCGCAAAUCAGGUUAUUCGGGAGAUUGAGCCACGCGUUUCAUCUAUGACUGUCUACCAGAGAAGUCCGGCCAUCGUCUUGCCACAGUCACCCACGGUUCCUGAAAGCACAACAAGCUCUUUUUCUCUAUCAGAAGAUGAGAAAAUGACAUUUGCUGCAAAGUCGCUUUCCACGUUUACAGGGUUUGACUACCAGUUCCUUAGCCCACACGCUGUCCCAGCAGGGAGUCCGCAGAGGCUCCGGUAUUAUGAUCACGUUUACAAAAAGGGCGGAUGGAAAUCUGUUUUUUUCCAAUUUUGA